AUGAAAGUAGUAACUGUUGCACCUCAGUUGGGUUACUUGAUUUCCUACAAAAGCAUUUUGGAGAAUCUCAGUAACGAAGUUAAAAAUCUGCAGCAAAAAAGACAAAGGGUGCAAGAAAAUCUUACUUGGGAUUCUGAGAACUACUAUGAAGAAAAUCCUCAGAAUCUGCAGCAAAAAAGUUUGGAAUUCCAGGCUAAAAAUAAGUGGUUAAAAAAAAUUGAUGAAUUUUUUGGACAAGUGAAUAUAUUUGUGAACUACUAUGAAGGAAAAAGUUCUUGCACAAAUUUCCUAUGGCGGUACAAUGUUAAUAAGCAAGCAAGAAAGAUGAUGCAAGAAAUGUUCCGAUUACAAGAAGAAGGUAAUCUUUAUCUAUUAGUGAAACCACCAAAAUCAAGAGCAGAUACUAUAAAUGAUAUUAUGGAGGCCCUGAAGGACCCUCUUAUCCAAACAGUUGGAGUAUGGUGGAUAGGUGGUGGAGGCACAACCUUAUUAGCCAAACAGGUUGGAGAGCAAGCAAAAGAAGAACAGAACUUGUUCAAAGUGGUUAUCAUUGAUGUAGCUGAGAAGCCAAGUGUUGAACAAGUUCAAGAAGAUAUUGAAGCUAUAUUGGGUCUCCAAUUUAAUGGCGAAAUGCAUGUGAAAAGAAGAAGUAGAUUGCGUCCUAGAAUAAAGAAAGAGGAAAGGAUUCUUAUCAUCAUUAAUGAUAAGUGGGGAGAAUUGAAUCCUCAAGAAUUUGAUUUGGACGAAAUUGGAGUUCCUUUGGGUGAUGAACAUAAGGGGUGUAAAUUAUUGCUAAUAUCAAAAAGUUUGGAUUUCAUAAAAAAUUUGAUGGGUGCUCCUAAGGCUAAGGUGUUUCAACUAGAAGUGCUGCUAGAAGAAGAGGCCCAGGGCUUGUUUGAAAAGAUGGUUGGAGGCAUUGCUCAAGAUUCUGAGGCAAGUUCCAUAAUAACUGAAAUAGUGAAAAGUUGUGAAGGUUUAGCUCCUGCACUUUUUGCUAUAGCCAAGGUAUUAGAAAAGAAAGACCUGCAUGCUUUGCAAGAUGCCUUGAUGCAGCUAAAGGAACAUGUUGCACCAAUAAGACUAUGUUACAAUAGUUUAGAGAGUGAAGAACACAAAUUCUUGCUCUUGAUUCUUACCAUCAGGGGAAGGAGAGUUGUGAACAAGUAUAGUAUAUAUGUAGACAUGUUGGCAAGCAUAUUCAAAAAUCUUGAUACAUUCGAAGCUGCAAGAAGUAGGUGUGAUUCAUUAAUCAGUGAUCUCAAGGCCUAUGGUCUUCUGGUUGAAGAUGAAAAGGAAACUAUCAAAAUAAAUGACUUGAUAUGGCACACUCUUUAUUCAAUAGCUCAAAGUGAUCUAAAAGCUUCAAUGAUUUCUGCAGAAUGGCCACCUGAAGAAUGGUUGAGAAGUUUACGCUUCUGUAACAUGAGUACUGUGAGUGGUGUACAGGUUCGUGAAAGGUUGCAAUGUCCAGAAAUGCAAGAGAUUAUACUAAGCACUGACAAUCCCUCAAUGCAGGUUCCAAAUUCAUUUUUUGAUGAGACUAAACUUUUGAAAUUAUUAGAACUUAUUGGCUUUGACUGUUCAAAAUUACCUUCUAGUUUUGGUUUGUUAAAGAACCUUCAAGCAUUAUCCAUGUAUAAUUGCGAAUUGGGAGACAUAACUAUAGUUGGUGAGCUCACAAACCUACAAAUUCUUGUCCUCCUCGGAAGUAGAAUCCAACAAUUCCCUAGAGAAAUUGGACAGCUUCAGAAGUUGCUAAUAUUGGAUUUAAGAGACACAUAUCUCCAAGUGAUUCCAUCCAAUGUUCUGUCAAACUUAACUAGUUUAGAAGAAUUAUAUUUGAGAAACUCCUUUUGCAAUUGGGAGGUUGAAAGAUCCAACAGUGAAAACAGAAAUGCAAGCCUGAAAGAGCUAACAAACUUGCAUCGCUUGGCACAUAUAGAAGACUUGUAUGUUCCUGAUCCUGAAGCAUGGCCAAUGGACCUGUACUUUGAAAAAAUGAAAUCGUACACGAUUUUCAUUGGGGAUAGGUGGACUGAGACCCAUAAUGGUGAUCAUGGGUUAAAAGUAUUGAAAGUCAAGCUCAACCAACAUUUGCAAUUGGAGGAUGGGAUUGAAAGGAUGGUGAAAAAUGUUGAUGUCUUAUACUUAGAUGAACUGAAUGGUGGUGUCCAAGAUGUUCUGAGUGAUUUGGAUGAGUUUCCCCAUCUACAAUCGCUCUUUGUACAAAACAAUGUUGAAAUCAAAUGCAUAGCCGUGAGUUCUAGUGAUGAUCAUCACAGUGGUGCUUUCUCCAACUUGGAGUCUUUGUCUCUAAAAAAUGUAAGCAAUUUGGAGGUUAUAUGCGCCGGUCCUCUAAAUGAAAAAUCAUUCUUGAAAAUAAAAGUCAUCAAAGUACAACAAUGCCAUAAUAUAAAAUGUCUCUUCAUAAAGUCAAUGAUCGAAGGUCUUCCUCAUCUUGUUGAUUUAGAAGUUUCAGAGUGCAAACUCAUUGAGGCAAUUGUGGUUGGAGGAAAAGAGAGAAUAGUGUUUCCUCAAUUACGCUCUCUAACGUUACAACGACUCCCUGCAUUAUCAUGUUUCUAUAUGCACUCUUAUUACUAUAAACCCGGACUUUUUGAUGAGAUGAUUUCUUUUCCUAAUUUGGAGAGAAUGGUGAUUUCCAAUAUUAGUGUAAGACACAUAUGGUUUUAUCCACACAAUGCUCAACAUUCAUUUUGGAAGCUAAAGAACAUAUACAUUGAAGAUUGUCAGAAUCUGUCCAACGUUUUUUACUUUUUGGACGAGGAUAUUCCAGGCCUUAUCGAUCCAGCAGUAAUUGAAUUUCCUGAAAUGGCCAAAAUGCAUCUUCAAGAGUUGCCAUCAUUUCUUCGGUUUCUCCUUAGCGGCUCAGGCUAUCCUGAAUGGUCAUCUUUGGAGAAUGUAAUUCUGAACCACUGUCCCAAAGUGUCACAUAUGGGUUUGGGAAGGAUAGAAAGGUCAAAGUUGAAGUCAAUGGAUGCUACACAUGACUUAACUAUCGAUGGAGAUGAGGAAUUAAGCAAAGCAGAAGAAUUAUAUGAACAUAAACCUUUGCUUCUCAGUUCCCUUACAAUGUUUAAAGCAAAAAAUUGCAGCAAAGGAAAGCGUUUGUGUCAAUUUGUUCGCUACUUGGUAGAGAGGUCAGAAGUGCUUGAGCAUAUAACCAUUGAACACUGCAGAACAGAGCCAUUUCUAAUUGACACCAACGUUUUUCAAUACUUUUCGUUGAAGGAAUUGGUAUUAAUGGAAUUACCUGACAUGGUGGAAAUAUGGCAUGGAGAUGAAAUCAUUUACAUCAGUAAUUUGAGAAAGAUACACUUCAAGCGUUGCCCUUCCUUGAUGCUAGUCUUUCCUGAGUCAGUUGAAAUAGGGCACCGACUGAAUGAAUUGAAGAUUGAAGAAUGUGGGAAGUUAACACAAAUUUUUCAACAUGAUUAUAAUCGUGUUGAGUUCCUAGCAUUGAGCAAGGUGGAGCUUAUGAACCUCCCAGAAUUAAUCAAGUUCGGUAAUUAUAAAUCAAAAUUCCUAGUUUUAAAAACAUUGGUGAUAGAAAAAUGUCCUAAAUUGGAAAUAUUCACCCAUGGACUUGCAACUACAUAUGAUUUGCCAAUAGACCCUGAUUCUUUCCCUGAGUUAGAUGAACUCAAGUUGGAUACUUGCCACAAGUUGGUUUAUGUCAAUUCCACUAUGACGUUACAAGAGUUUCCAAAAUUGACGAAACUCACUGUAAGUCAUUGUAACUCAUUGAAAAUUAUAUUCCGCAUCAUAAAGGAAAUAUCAUAUUCUACAGAGCGUUUGCAGCAGCUAACCGAAUUGACUUUAAUUGACCUACCCAAUUUGACUCACAUCAUCAAGAAAGAAAUGGGAGAGAAUAAGACCUCAUUUCCUCAGUUGAAAUAUAUUUCUCUUGAAAAUCUAACAAAGCUCACAACUGUAUUUCCUUAUACAUCUCAUUUUCCAUCCUUGGAAACAUUGAUAAUCACAAAUUGUCCUGCUCUCGUCACUUUUCUUGAUGACUCCAAUGAGCGGAAGGAUCAUCUAGAAGAACCUCCUGUUUCAAACUAUUUCUUCCCAAAUCAUCUAUCAUUGGACAAGCUGAAAAUACUGUGUAUAAUAAACCAAGAAAUUGAGAAACUCUGGCACUACACUUGUCCCCCCAAAUCAUUUUCUAAAUUGGAAAAUUUGACUCUGAAGAACAACAAAUUGUUGAAUAUCAUUAAAUCUAACAUGAUCGAAAGAUAUGACAAUCUAAAACUUAUGACUGUGGACAAAUGCGAAUUAAUGACAGAGGUAUUUGACAUUAAAGAUGACGAGCAAAAUCAGAAUAUUCAAGAAAUGGUUCCUCAGCUGAGUAUAUUAGCAUUGAGUAACCUAAAGAGUUUGACAUAUCUAUGGAACAAGGAACCUCAAGUUCCAUUUUUUUCCAAUUUGAUGUCACUUCACAUUGUCAAUUGUGGGAGCCUCAAAAGUUUAUUCUCACCUUCUUCUACCAAAAAUUUUAGAAAACUCAAAUUACUCAAAUUGUGUGAUUGUGACAAAGUAAAAGAGGUAAUAUCAAUUGAUAAAAAUGAAAGUGUAUCUAUCAUUUUCCCUGAAGUAGAAUGCCUUGUACUCAAAAAUCUUCCAGAGUUAGUGAGUUUUUGUCAGCAAAGUGGGACUUUUGAGUGGCCUAAAUUACAAACAGUGAGGGUGAGCAAUAUUCCAAAUAUGAAGACUUUUUCAGGAGGUCAUGUCAACACACCAUUGUUAAGAUCAGUUUAUAUAACAUUUGUUAAGAAAUAUUGGCUUGGGGAUUUGAACAAGACCGUAUCAUAUAUUCAUCAGAAUUCAGGACUGGAAAAUCUAACUUUGAGUGACAAUAAUUUGUUGAGAGCCAUUUCUCUCCAUACGAUCACAAGAUACAGCAAUCUAAUAAAUUUGACUGUGGACAAAUGUGAGGUACUUGCUGAGGUAUUUUACCUUGAUGAUGACAAACAAGAUGAGAAUAUCAAGGAAAUGCUUCCUCAACUAAAGACAUUAACAUUGAGUAACUUAAAGUGUUUGACAUAUAUCUGGAACAAGGAACCUCAAGUCCCCUUUUUCCCAAAUUUGGUGUCACUCAACAUUGUCCACUGUGGUAGCCUCAAGAGUUUAUUCUCAUGUUCUGCUACAAAAAACCUUAGUAAGCUGAAAUUACUCAAAUUGUGUAAUUGUGAGAAAAUGGAAAAGAUAUUAUCAAAUGAUAAAGAAGAAAAUGUAUCCAUCAUUUUCCCUGAAGUAGAGUGUCUUGUACUCAAAGACCUUCCAAAGUUAAUUAGUUUCUGCCAGCUGAGUGGAACUAUUGAUUGGCCUAAAUUACAAAAAGUGAGAGUAAGCAACAUUCCAAGUAUGAAGACUUUUUCAAGGGAUCAAGUCAACACACCAUUGUUAAGAUCAGUUUAUAUAACAUUCGUUAAGAAAUAUUGGCUUGGGAAUUUGAACAAGACCAUAUCAUAUAUCCAUCAGAAUGCAGGAACUGUUAGAAGUCCAGUAGCUCUCACGUACCUAUUCACUUACCACAACUAUGACUCUCUCGAAAGAUCGCCCAAAUGGACCUUUGAGCGCGUCACUGGCACAGAAGUUAGAGCUUAUUCAAGCGAUCUCUAUCUGGGAUCAGACGAGGAUUUGGAUUCAGAAGACUUAGCUGAGAUAGAGAGCUGA